GGGGUAUAAAAUAGUGUAUCAUACAGAACGCCGAUAUCCACCUCCCUGAUUCCAAUUUUUUAGGGCGGGAAAAAUUUAAUUUCACACAAGUCUAUCAUCAUUCAUGAGAGGCCCCGCCGGACGCCGCCCUCCAACGGAGCGCUUCGUCGGCGACCACCGCAUCACUACUCCAACAUCUGUAGAUCCACGGCAGUUCAAUGUUGGCGUUGGAGGAACCCGCCGAGAUUCCGACGGUAGUUUCUGCAGUAGCCGUCCCUCUUCUUGUUACUCUGCUGGCGUCAAUCACCACCGUCCGGCCUCCGCCGUCGUCGUCAACGACCGAUCCUACCAAAGCCUCGCUGUUUCCACCAUCAAUUCCUACCUAUCCGCAUGUUCCUUCCCGAUCUUCUUUAAACUUAAACCCCUCCCGUCUGGCAAAGACAUCACCGAAACCCUAAAAUUCAUUCUCACUCGCCUCGAAUAUCCGCCUGGUAAUAAGAUCGAGGACGAUCUGUUUGUAGUUUUGAAAUGGUUGAAUUGCCCGAUUAAGAUGAACAAGUCGGCCUUAAAAUCCCCUGGAACGCCUCACAUGUUUCCUACUGUUUUAGCCGUGCUUCAUUGGCUUGUACAGAUUGCAAUGUAUAACGAGCACCUUGCAAAUUCCACUCAGUCACAGUCGAUUUCUGGCGACAGCAUGUUCAUCUACACUCUGAAUACUUACCUGCUUUACAUAAGGGGAGACGACGAUGCAAUGGAAAGGGAAGAUGAAAAUUUCAUGGAGAAGUUACACCAGGAGAAAAUCUCUCUGGAGGAGAAUAUAAAGGUCAAAUCAGGAGAUGUGAAGGAUCUGGAGGCAAAACUGGAGGCAAUGAAGUCUGGGCCAUCACUGAGGGAAUCAAAGGAGGAGGAACAGGGAAUGUUGGAAAAGGAUAUUAAGAAGUUCAACGAAUUAAUCGAACAGUUGCAGACACAUGUUGUGUCUGUGGAGAAGCUAUUGGAAGAAAAAGAGAAGGAAUUGGGAACUAAAAUAGAGGAGAGGGUUAGGAUGUGUGAGGAGAAUGAAGAGUUGAAGAAGAAAGUGGAAGAACAGGCUAUGAAUAUGAGAGAUGCAGAGAGGAUGAAGAGAGAGUUACAAUCAGUGGAAAGAGAUAUAGGAGAGGCAGAGAUUGAAAGGAACAAAUGGGAGGAGAAAUGCUGGGAUCUUAAUGCUGUCAUGGGGACAAAUUUAAAGGAGCUUGAGGCACUUCAGAUCGAAUGCAACCAGACUAUGAGGAGGUUGAAACUAGGAAAUGAUUUCCAGUAUGAGUUGAAUGACAAAGGUUUAACACCUGCUGAGGUGCUUGGGAUGGAUUAUAAAUCAACACUGAAACCUGCACUAAAGUCUGCUAGUGAUGAUGUAAAGAAAAGUUCAAUGGAAAAUCUUGAAAGUUUGAUAUCUCUUCAGCAAUUAUCCCGUGACAUUAAUGCAAAAAUUGAUGCCAAAAGAAAUCGUAUUGCUGUACUUCAAUCACGAAUUGAGGAAGUGGAAAAUCAAUUAAACUUGAUAAAGAAGGAAACACAAGAACACACCUCUCGAUGUGCAAUGGAAGCUCAAAAAUUGAUAGAAAGCUUUGAAGCCGAGUCUCAUAAAGUGGAUGUUGUUGAAAAAGAAGCUCUUGAACUUGCUCAGAAUUCAAAAGCAAAGUUACAAGAAACAAUGAAGAGAAACGAAGAAGAAAUUCAAAAAUGUGCUCAUGAGCUUUUAGCAUCGAUUGAUUCCAUCUCAAAGUACAAAGAAUCCAUGCUUUCAACAAUUUCACAAAUCAAAAACCAAGUCUCAGAAACCGCUCUUGCUAUAGCACACAUUCACAAGGCUUCAUUAACCACUUCAAAUACCCCGAUUUAUGAAAACUAAAACAACUCCUCCUUUUUAAUAUUUCUUCUUAUAUCUAGUGUAAUUAGUCUAUUUGAAAAAACUUGAAUGUAAGGUGUUCAUGUGUUGUAUCUUGAUUUGAAAUUGUUGUUUCAGUAUCAGGU